GGAAGCAAAAACGAGAGGUUCACAAUCGUGUAAAAUGAAGGGGAGAAAUGGGGACUAGGGCGAUUUUGUGCCAAUCCGUCCAGAAAUAUAGCUCAUUACAAACACUUAUAUAGGAUUGAUUUUAUUGCGUUUAAUGUUUCGUCAUACACAGCACAAACAUAUUAAAAUACAAACUCUUCGGGAUGUUGAAAAGAUAUACCAAGCGGUAUUUAUUCUCACUAAUAUGGAUUACAAUCUUCACUUCUAUCCAAGGACAAUCCCCUUCAACCACCUCAGAUUUCCGAGACUAUAGAUUAGAACUAUUCGAAGAAGAAAAAGGAUAUGAUGCUGCCAAGACCGUGUGUGACGGUCGAAAUGCGUGGCUGGUCGAAAUUAAAGAUAAAGAAACUCAAGCUGCAGUACAGCAACUCACAAAAAAUGCAAUUUGGAUUGGUUUACACCAUGACGGGGAAUGGAAAUGGAACGGCAUUGACAAAUUGAAAUUUACAAACUGGGUUUCCGAACACCCAAAAGCGAUAUCUGGGCAGUUGAAUAACUCCUGUGUAGUGUCCAGAACACCUGAUGGAAAAUGGCUUGAUCGCAAUUGUCAAAAUAGCUACCGAUAUGUGUGUCAAUCAGAUAAAUCUUGGAUCAUCUUCAACAAUGAGACAACACUUCAAAUUAUAUCGAGUCCGCGAAAAAAUUUCGUUGAGUCUCAACAAGCCUGUGCAAAUAACGGUUCGACAUUAGUGGAAAUAAAAACAGAUGCCUUAGAUAUAUUCAUUAAUCAAAAACUCAGGAAAAAAUCGCGCGUGAAAAAUGAGCCAAAUGGAUACCGAGGAGAAAACUGUUUGGCAAAAUUCCCUAGUGCAGGUUUUAAAUGGAUUGACGACAAUUGCAAUUACAAUGCUGGAUAUAUUUGUCAGCGGAAUAUAUCAUCCGGUGAUUGCGGCAGAGAUGUCUGCUCAGACAAGGGCACAUGCCAAGUCAAUGGGAAUCGAUACAAAUGCACCUGUGAAGCAGGAUAUUUUGGGACAAAAUGCGAGAAAGAACUAAUACUGAUAUCAACUCCGACCACGCUAUACGAGAUCAAACGAGGACGAAAUCUCACAGCAAUAUUCAAUAUAACGUCCUAUGACGGCAACUUUAACAUUAGUGUCUCAACCACUGGCAAUCAUGAAGUCACAUCGAAAUCCACAACAGGAAUUACUAGCAAUACUGUUUCAUCCACACUUAUGUUCACUCUCGGUCCAUUUGAAACUGCAAGGAAUCUUACCUACAACUUUACUGCCAACCGGAUUUUUUAUAAAUCAUAUCCGAAAGUAGUGUCAAUAAUGGUGGUGAUUACAGAUGAAUGCGAUUCAAUGCCAUGUAUGAAUGGAGGUAGUUGUGUAUAUUCUGUUACUGUCCCAUAUUACAACUGUACCUGUCAACCAGCCUACAUCGGAAAUAAUUGUGGAGAAAGAAGAUUCAUCAACAAUACUGCAAACAACUGCCAAUAUCACGUCAACCGUUAUGACAUAAAAUCAUUCGCCGAAGCGAACUUAACUUGUAGCAGUCUUGGAGGUGCGUUGGCAAUGAUGAAAACAACAGAAAUACAAGACUGGGUCGAAAGUCAGAUAAUAACUCAGUAUGAGGCCACAGGACCAACAAUUCUGUUUUGGAUUGGUGGAUACAUAGUUAAUGAUUCAUGGAUAUGGUUGAUGGUACAGCUGUGCCAACAACAGGAAAAGAUUCAAAAUGGGCAUUUCGGUACGACAAUAUCACUACAACAAGCGAAAUGGUGUUAAGUUCUUGGCCGAAUCGCGCUAGAAACAUCAUGCGAUGGUUUGCCAAAUGGAACAAUUCAAAUCCUGGGUACAUAUGUGAGAU